AUGGCGCAACCGAAAGGCACAGCCGUGUACAAGAAGAAAGACGGCACCAUAAUAAUCAGCGAUGACCAGAAAUUCGUCACCUGGACCCCAGCGGCUGCCCCGGGAGGGCCGCCGGUCGUGUCACUGGCAGUUGCGAAUAUUACGAAUCUCCAGCAGACCCCAGACUCGUCGCCAAAGGUAAUGCUCAAGAUAUUUGAGAAGGCGCCCGGCGCAGAAGAGCCUACACCGUACCUGUUCAAUUUCAACUCCGCAGGUGACCCGAGAGGCGAGGCCAACGCCAUCAAAGAACUGCUUUCACGGCUUCUUGCCGAUUCGAGAAGCAAUGAUCCGAAUGUCCCCCGACCAAAUGCUUCGGCGGCCGCUGGACCUAGUGCUACUUCUUCGGCAGCAGGAAGUGGCUCUGGCUCUAUGACAUUUGCAAGCGCAGUGAAUGCCAAGCCAGCCAUUGCGCGCGUCUUCGAUGACAGCCAGCUCAAGGGCGACAUCGCAUUGCAGCAGUCUCUCAUGAAAGCCGAUCGCAACCUUCAUGAGAUGUACAUGGAGGCGCGCUCCACCAAACCAGAGACCAUGUCUAAUGCGACGUUCAAUGCUCAGUUCUGGUCGACGAGGCUGAAUCUCCUGCGAGCACACGCUAUCGAGACUGGUCAGAAGAAAGGCCCAUACAACAUUCUUUCCGUUGCCAAGCCUAUCUCCGAGACGAGUGCGGAUCCAAACCAGCCCGAUCGACAAAAGCUUAGCAUCACUGUUGAACAGGUUCAGCUGAUCCUCAACCAACAUCCGCUGGUGAAACGUAUCUACAAUGAGAAUGUGCCACCACUUACUGAGAAUGAGUUCUGGGAGCGCUUCUUCCUAAGCAAGCUCGUAAAAAAGCUGAGAGGAGAGCGACCCGCCGGUAAUGAGCAGCCCGACAAGGUCUUUGACAGAUACAAUGAGUUUGAAAAUAUCACGGCCUUCUCGAGCAAACUCUUGACCCAACAUGUUCCCCACAUCAUCGACUUGGAAGGCAACGAGGAAAACCAGGGUGGCUACAAAGGAGGCAACAAGAAAGACGCUGAAAUGCGACCACGGGGCUGGAAAUAUGUACCCAUCAUUCAGACCCUCAACAGCAUAAGCGGCAAGCUGCUCGUUAACGUCACCCCCGCCGAUACCGAGAUGAUGGAUCCAGCACGACCGGAAGAUGAUGAAGUAUAUGAUCAGCUCGCGCUUCGUGAUUUGCGCGGUGAUACCGAGGAGCAGCGCGUCAUCCUCAACGUUAGGGAACAGAGCCGCUUCUUCUCGGCGCAAAGAGACGCUAAUACGGCUUCUGACGACGCAUAUGGCAAGCAAGAUCCGUCUCAAGCCCUGCGAGGUGUGAAGAGAGACAUUGCUCAGCUUUAUAGAGAUGACUCAAUGGGCGUUGAUCUUCACGCAGCUAUUGGCAUCAACGAUGAAAGCGAGAGUGACGAGGAGUCGGCGAAGCGUGUGCACGUGGGGUCUCGCUCGUCGAGGCGCGAUGCUCACAAGCAGGUUCUCGACAGUAUGAAGCAGAGAAGAGCCCAACUGUUUGGCUCCACCUCGGACGAGUCAACACCCAUGGGAUUGCCGGUCGAUAUUGCCGCCAGGUGCAACCUGACACACGCCACCACGAUGGAAUUUGUCAACCAAUUCUGGUCAGCCUUUCUCUCGGGAGACCCGGACAGGGCCGUCGAGGUUGGAUAUCUCGUAGAGUCGCUCAAACGAUGCAAAGAACGCAUUGACGUUGUGGCAGCUGAAGCGGAAAGGGCACGCGAGGACAUCAUUGCGAAGAGGAAAGAUGAAAUCAUAAGAGUGUACGAGCGAACAAAGAAGAAGAUCAAAUUCAACCCAAAGACCAUCAAGGGCGGCCGCGAUGCGGUGGAAAAACUCAUGCAGCCCGUUGUCCACUCGCUCAACCUGGCAAUAUCAGAUUAUCAAAGAGCACUCGCCUCGGAAGGUGUACAAGCAAGUACGGAAUCUUAG